AUGUCAGACGGGUACUACGAGCAGCGACAGUCAAACGGGCACGGCACGUCCGCCGGUCCACCCCUUGGCGCUCCUAUCGAUCACUACCAGCAUUCCCAGGACACAAGCGCACGGUCCAUCACGCCUCAUACGGGCGAGCGAGACGUCAAGCCCGAGGCGCACCAGCUGGGGAUGAGCGGAAACAGUAAUGGAUCUGCGAACCACGCAGGAGCGGGGGGUGCGGGCGGUGCGGCGGCGGCAGCACAAUUGGCGAGAAAGAAGUUGGCGAGUUGGGUGGGGUUCAGUAAUUUGCCAAACCAGGUUCACAGGAAGAGCGUUCGGCGCGGGUUCCAGUUCGUCGCCAUGGUAGUCGGCGAAUCAGGACUCGGCAAGUCGACGCUCAUCAAUACUCUCUUUGAGACGCGGCUAUACCAGCCCAAGGCGAUCCCGCAGCCUGGACAGGAUAGAGGCAAGACUGUGCAGAUUGAGAGCAUCUCAGCGGAGAUCGAGGAGAACAACGUGAGGCUGAAGUUGACUGUGGUGGAUACUCCAGGUUUCGGUGACUUUGUCAACAACGAUGAGUGCUGGAAACCCAUCGUCGACAACAUUGAGGCCCGAUUCGACGCCUACCUCGAGCAGGAGAACCGAGUGAACAGGAACAAGCUGGUCGAUAACCGUGUCCACGCGUGUAUCUACUUUAUCCAACCUACCGGGCACUCGCUCAAGCCGAUCGAUGUUGAGUUCAUGCGCCGACUCCACACCAAAGUCAACCUUAUUCCGGUGAUUGCCAAGGCGGACACGUUGACGGACGAGGAGGUAGCGCUGUUCAAGGAGCGGAUCUUGAACGAUGUCGCCCACCACAACAUUCGGAUCUUCCGGCCACCCCAGUACGAAAAUGAGGACGAAGAGACCGUGCAGGAGAACGAGGAAAUCAUGUCCAAAGUCCCCUUUGCAGUGGUCGGCUCCGACUCUAUUGUGCGCACCAACGACGGCCGCGAAGUCCGAGGUCGGGCCUACCCCUGGGGCGCGAUCGAGGUGGACAAUGAGGCGCAUUGCGACUUUGUCAAGCUCCGUCAGAUGCUGGUUCGGACGCACAUGGAGGAACUGCGCGAGCACACCAAUGACGUGUUGUACGAGGAUUAUCGGUCCGAAAAGCUCCGAGGGAUGGGGGUGAACCAGGAUGAGAGCGUUUUCAAGGAGACCAACCCCGCGGCCAAGCAGCAAGAAGAGCGCGCGCACCAAGAAACCAAGCUGGCCAAGAUGGAAGCCGAGAUGAAGAUGGUCUUCCAGCAAAAAGUGCAAGAGAAGGAAUCCAAGCUCAAGCAGUCGGAAGAGGAGCUGUAUGCGCGUCACCGGGAGAUGAAGGAGGCGCUGGAGAAGCAGCGGUUGGAGCUCGAGGACAAGCGGAGGAGGUUGGAGAGUGGGCGGCCGUUGACGCCGGAGAAGGGCACUCAGAAGAAGAGGUUUGGGAUUGGAAAGUAG